CUUCCUCUUCCUCCUCAAACUCGGUCGCAACCCCUUCUCCAAGAUGUCCAGUAAUUCAUGGAAGUCAUUCUUAACCGGCUGCUGGGCGAAGAGCGUUGAGAACUCUGCAACAAGUCCCAGAAAGCUCCAGUGCAGCUCGAGUUCUGAUCUAAGCAACUCCAGCGCACCAUUCUCGCCCGAGGACCUGUCGUUGACUCUCGCAGGAUCCAACCUCCAUGUAUUCACCAUUGGAGAGCUCAAAGCUGUCACGAGGAACUUCUCCAUGACCAAUUUCAUCGGAUCAGGUGGAUUUGGCCCCGUCUACAAGGGUUACAUCGACGACAAGCUUCGGCCAGGCCUCAAGGAGCCGCAUGUGGCGGUGAAGUCCCUGGAUUUGGACGGCUUGCAGGGCCACAGAGAGUGGCUGGCCGAGGUCAUCUUUCUUGGGCAACUGCGGCAUCCCCAUCUCGUUAAACUGAUUGGUUAUUGUUGUGAAGAUGAGCACAGGAUGCUCGUCUACGAGUAUAUGCCUCGAGGAAGCUUGGAAAACCAUCUCUUUAAGAGACUGCUUGCUUCAUUGCCGUGGUCAACGAGGCUAAAGAUAGCAGUGGGAGCCGCCAAGGGCCUCGCUUUUCUGCAUGAAGCCGAGAAGCCGGUCAUCUACCGCGAUUUUAAAGCGUCAAACAUACUGCUCGACUCGGAUUACACGGUGAAGCUUUCGGAUUUCGGUCUGGCAAAGGAUGGGCCGCAGGGAGACAACACCCACGUCACCACGCGUGUCAUGGGUACACGUGGGUACGCGGCACCGGAGUACGUAUUAACCGGUCACCUAACGGCCAAAAGUGACGUCUACAGCUUCGGAGUCGUGUUGUUAGAACUACUGGCUGGGAGACGGUGCGUCGACAAAACCCGACCCAAUCGGCAAAAGAACCUUGUCGAUUGGGCUCGACCCUACCUCAACAAUUCAGACAAGAUAAGCCGCGUCAUGGACCCCAAUCUCGACGGCCAGUACUCGUCCAAAGGCGCCCAAAAGGCCGCUGCAAUUGCCUACAAAUGCUUGAGCCACAAUCCCAAAUCGAGGCCCAACAUGAGGACCGUCGUGGAGACAUUGGAGCCGCUUCUCAACCUGAACGAUGUGCCUGUUGGCUCCUUCGUCUACGUUGCGCCAACGGAGCGAGUCACCGAGGAUACGAAGGCGGAGAAACUGGACACGGAGACGGAAGAGACGCACCACGGCCACCACAACCGCGAUCGGAGGCACAAGCAGCGAUUUCCUAACUCGGUGAUUCAUUCCGAGGUCACCCUGCACAGGGAUGGCAACAGUUUGUACCGUAACUCCCACUUCAGGAGAUCCUUGAGGCAGAACCAGGAACGUGGUGCGUGAACAACAACGACAACAACAACCACCAACAUCAGCAUCACACUGCCGUAUAUAUAUAUAUAUAUAUAUAUAUAUAUAUAUAUUGUAGAUACGGCAUUGGCGUCGGUUCAUUGAAAUCAUUUCCACAAGCCAUGUGAAAUUUGAAAGAAAUUUUGACUCAGAAAUGCUCUUAAACUGGUUAAUGGUUG